AUGGCUGGCAUCGAGGAGCAGCCCGUCGACGUUUUGGAGGAGGCGGCCGAGGAAGGCGAGGCCGCGGUCGACGAGGACGACGAGGACGACGCCUUCAAGGGAGUGGACGUCGACGAGAGCCUCAAGGACAACGUGGAGGGCUCACUCCGCCUGAAGCGGCUGCUCAGCCGAGACUCAGACGUGGGCACGCCGAGGAAAAAGAGGAAGGGCAACGAUACCGGCGAGGAGUGCGACACGGCCGAGUUCAAGAACACGGUCACGGCUUUAUUGAGCAGAUGGCAGCUGCAGCACGAUGCGGUAUGCGCCCAUGUGCUCGGCGCCCUCAGUCUGGCGGAGCUGACAGAGAUGAAGAACAGUAACUAUCAGCCAGACAAGUUCAAUCAGUGGAAGUCUCCCUCCGAGCUCCUCGCGAAGUACACGAACGAGAUGAGGGAGCGCAAGAUGAUCAGCGGGUCGCCCGUCGAUCUGAUCAUGGCUUUCAAGUUCCGGUGGAAGCUCCCGCUGGACGUCGAGAAGCAGGUGAGGAAUCUUAAUCACAAGUGCCUCCGCUACGUCCUCUCGAACUACGAUGGGACGAAGACGAUGGAGGAGGUGAUCAAGGAGGCGGAGGAGCAGGAUCCGGAAGAAGCCAUCACGCAGAACACUCUGCUCGAACACCCAGGCAAGCAGACCAUGGAGAGGUUUCACCGCCUCGAGCUCAUCGACCCGCUGGCCGACUGCGCCGUCUUUGGGGAUGCCAAUCUGACUUUUGCACUGAGGCUCGCGAAGCACCGCAAGGCCCUGGGGCACGUCGGCCGAGUCAUUGCGACUACCUUCGAGGAGCACGAGACACUCCAGGAGAGAUACAAGGAGAUCGAUGAGAGCAUCAAGAUCCUCGAGGAUCACUUCUGCGAGGUGUACCACGGCGUGGACUGCACCCGCAUUGCCCUCGACCCACGCUUCAAGGACUUGGAGGGCGCCCUGGGCGCGGCCUACUACAACUUCCCGCACUCUGGCGCCAUCCAGGGGUUCUUCGACGGUCACCCGUGCGUGAACUGGCGGCACGAGAACCUGAUGCGGCUCUUCUUCCGGGCGCUGCGCGCCUACAUCAGGCCAGGCGGGAUCGUAAAGGUCGCGUCGAACAUGAGUGCUGUCGGUGUCCGCUACUCAUACAUCGUUGGCGGCGCCCUCGAAAACGAAUUCAUCCACACCGAGACGGUGCCCUUCCUCGAGUGGCACCUCCACCGCUACGGGCGGUCCUACGGUGACAAGAGAGACGUGUACAAGCGGCCAGACGCGCAGAACAACCAGAGCUACAACGCGCAGCGCGCGGAGGCCGACAUGGUGUACUGCUUCGAGUACCGCCCGUCUGGCAAGCCCAUCGGCAGGCAGGAGAUUCGGCUGCCUCCGACUCUGAAGACGCUGAUGGAGUGCGACGACGGAUCCCUGAAGGGUCUGCAGGGCCCCGCCCGGGCGAACCUCGCCAACGCGCUGCACAAGCGCUUCGUCAUGGAGGUCUCCGGCACGCACGUGGGGUGA